GACCUCACGUGAAACAACAUCACCAACAUGGCGAACAGAAUGUCAACUGUUUGUUGUCAUUUUGUAAUUAUGUACCUUCUCGUAGUCGAAGGAACUGUUAAUGUGCAUAAAUUUGAAAUGUCUGAUGAAAUGAAUCCAGAAGAUUCGCUGUCGAGGUUUAGAAGAUCGUCAGAUAGACACAGACGGAGUAUUGAUGCGAAAUGCACGGACCAAGAAAACAACUUUCUGCAAGAUAUCGUGUCCCAAAAAGUUCAGUUGGAAGAAAAAAGGGUGUUUGAUACAGACUCGAGUACUAGCAUGGCACUGGCAUGGGCCGGAGAAAAGGGGGGAUUGAUGGUUGUAACAUCGCAUGUGAGUUCAAAUGGCCUUACAGACUCUUCUCAUGUGUAUAAAAGCACUGAUUACGGCAAAACUUUCAAAAAGGUGGACAACUUAGACAGUGCUAAAGUGAGAAAGCACAACGGGCUACAAAGGAAUCCUCAUAAUCCUAACAAGCUAUACCUGGUUGGUGAGAACUCGAGUAAGUCCUCAACUUUGUACAUCACAGAAGAUGCAGGUUUGACAUUCCAAACUGUUACGCUGCCCUUCCUCCUCAGUAACGAGAUCACCUUCCACUCUCAGAAACAGUACGAAGACUAUCUCAUCGUCAAGGAAGUGAUUUACGGCACUAAUGCAAAGAAUAAGCAGUUAAUGAACCUAUACAUCAGUACAGACAAUGGAAAGACCUGGACCAAAGUGGCAGACUAUGUGGAAUCCUUCAAGUGGGGAAGUUACUCUUCAGAGCCCGGUGAGACGAUUUAUGCAUCAGUCGAUCCAAAAAAAACUCAUCCAUUUUUUGCUGCUUUUUAUCAAGUCAUAUACGAACUGAGGAAAUCAACAGAUGCUGGUAAAACCUGGAAACCUAUCAUGAGCAAUGUAGUGUCGUUUGGACAUCAGGGAAAAUUCCUGUAUGCCUCUGUGCUUCAGCAUGUAGGACAGUCUAAUGCACGUAUAAUGAAGGUUUCCCCUGAUGGAGGCAAGACUUGGUUUGAGGCACAGCUUCCCACACUUGACUCUGAUAUGUUUUAUUCAGUCAUGGACAUGGAGGAAGAUUUGGUCUUCAUGCAUGUGGAUGAUCCAGGAGACACUGGUCAUGGUACCCUUUACACGUCAGGAGGGAAGGGUGUGAUCUACUCACGAUCACUAGAGAAACACCUCUACCCAAACUAUGGAGACACCACAGACUUCUAUAGGAUGGACUCGAUGCGGGGGGUCUAUUUUGCCAGUCAGAUGAGUGGGGAUGACAGCAUUCACUCCAUGAUCACAUAUAACCAGGGGGGAAGCUGGCAGCCCAUCCCACGGCCUCAGGGCGCUGAUUGUAAAGAUGAAAAUAAGGCUUGUAACCUGCAGAUCCAUGGCACGUACAGCAUAACUCGAGGUAUCCUGGCCCAGUCUCCAGUCAGUGUUUCUAGUGCUGUAGGUGUGGCCUUGGUGCACGGACACGUGGCUGACGCCCUUCAGACAACAAACCCAGAUGUCUAUGUCACCCGAGAUGGUGGAUACAAAUGGUCUAAGGCCCUGAGUGGCCCCCACCACUACCACAUCGCAGACAGUGGCAGCCUGCUGGUGGCUGUCCCCUCUGACACAGACAGACCUACGGUCAUCAAGUUCUCCACAGACGAGGGACGGUGCUGGCACUCCUACACUUUCAUCAAAAAUGAAACAGAGGCCAUUAAGUUUACUGGUCUGCUGACUGAGCCAGGCUCUACCUCGAUGACUGUAUCGGUCUGGGGCUAUCACCCAACAACUAGGAAGUGGACCACCUUUGUGUUUGACUUCCAAGCUGUCAUCAAACAGCAAUGUACUUCUAAUGAUUAUGAAGAAUGGCUCGCACAUGAAACUUUACGGAAAUAUGAAAGUGAUUCAAUGAAGGGUUGUUUACUGGGAGAGAAAGAGAAAUUCCAGAGAUUAAAACAGGAUUCUUGGUGUCACAAUGGCUAUGAUUACAAAGUAGAAAGAGAUAUACAACCUUGUACCUGUUCCAGGGAAGAUUAUGAAUGUGACUAUGGUUAUUUUAGACCAGUGGGUGGACUUAAUUGUCUCCGUAACAAGUCCAUGGUUGUCUUGGAUGUAUGUAUGCAGGGCAGGGAGGAGGAGGUUAUUACAGAGGGAUUUAGAAAGAUUCCUGGUGAUAAAUGUAAAGAUGGUUUUUCCCCUACUGGUAAAGUCAUCAUUCUCAGCAAACACUGUAAAGAAGGUGACAAGUCCUUCUUCAACAUUGGGACGGAAGUGAAAAAAGCUGGCACCAAUGGAACCGUGGUGGCAGCCAUUGUUUUGGUGGUCAUUCUUAUUGUGGUUCUCAUGUCUCUCUACUUUGGUUACAAACUCUGGAUCAUUCGUAAACAUCGUGUGGUGUAUCGUUAUUCCCUGCUGAACCAGUCAGACGCAGGAGACUAUGAUAACGAGUUUGAGAACGCCUUAUCUCCCAAGUCUGUUGUUUAUCAAGACUCUUCAGAUGACGAGGAAUUGAAUUCUCCAGCAGUGAAGAAAGAUGCUACCAACAAAAAGCUACAUAAUGGUUUCUCUAACUCCAAAGCCGGGAACGGCCAUGUAUUUCAGUCUUACCACGACGACUCAGAUGUAGACAUGAUUAACUGAAGGACGACUGUGAUAGACUUUGCUAUUUCCAAGAGGAGCUACAUUCCAGUAAUCAUGUGAUAAGGGAGAAAAUAUCUGUCACUGUAUCCAUAUUCUAGAGGAGGUGGCAGACUUCAAGUUCUAGAUAAUAGCUUCCAUUACCACUGUACCUUGUGGUAGGGGAGGUAUUUUGUCCUAAUCAAUUAUCCCAUUACCACCAGUGUACCCAAACCGAAUCUUUUGUUGGCUAGUGUCCAGAGUGUUUGUCUAGCCUAUUGUUUCUAGUGCCCCACAUCUAAAGAUGAUCUAUGUUAAUCAGUAUCCUUCUGUUUGCACUUUCAUUUCCAGAGAUUGUCUUAGAAUCUUAAUUUUGAAAUUCCACAUGGUCUUUGACAAAUUUCCAUGCUCAAGGCCAUUGUGUUUUUUCUUCAAAUAGUAUAGGGAUAUACAUGGUAUAAGGUCAUGCAGACAGAGGAGCAAUAAAGAAAACCUUUCAAUCUAAUUUUUGCUGAAGACUGAAGUGUACAACCUAUUACCAUCUCAGGCUCCAGGCAGUAUUCUGUCAGUGUUUAUGCUAGUCACUGUAUUUCAGCAUCUUAAAAUGGAAAAUCAGUGUAGAGUUAAGGGUGUUUAAUAUGAGUAUACUGCUUCUGGAACAUGGUUUGUUUUUAAUGAACAGAUGUCUUUCUUUAUUUCAUAGUUAUCACAAUUCUGAAGAGUAGAUGUACCCUAUUCUACUUAGAAUGAGACAUGUGAAAUUAAAGUGAAUGAUCAAUGUCAAAUGUGAACAUUCAAAACAAUCUCAUUCAGAGUGGAAAUAAAAUGUAGUCCAUGUGCUCCUUUGUCCCUCUUUCUUCUGUGGACAAUUCCUUCUGUUAUCACAGGUAAACUAGAUGGAAUUGUUGACCCAGGGUACAGUGGCUGUGGAAAUGUCUUUAAACCAACUUGGUCUCUGUGAUGAUGGUGUUUGAUAUGUUGUUAUUGGUAUGUAACUGUUGAAUAUCGAUAUGUAUGGUCUGAUCUGACCCCUAUAACCUCAGAAAUGAAAAUAAUUAUGUAGCUGGAUACCAUUUUUUUUAUUUUACCAAAUAUAUAAUAGAUGUGCUACUGGGUGUAUGUAUAUAUAAAGUUGAUGAUUCACAGAAAGGACCAGCACAACAAUGAGCAUUUACUUCAGUUUGUAAGGUACAAACAUUAAAAAGGAAGUCUUGACAUAUUUUCAAAAAAGUUUGAGUUUCAUUGACAACACUGUUGAUAAUUCUGAGGUGUUAUGUGACACCUGUUAUUAAUUAGUAAAGGCUACUCAACAUUCCUUAACUAACUAAAGUGUCAUUGAAGGACACCAUACCUUUUGAUCUUGAUAAGAUUUUAUGCAAUUUUUGUUUGGUUCAUGGUAGUAAACUCCUGGUAUUCGAGUCCAAUGCUGUAGUUGUUACUGUCCUAUCUGUGUAUCCCAAGGCUUUAGGUAGGUUCACUUAUCACUGCACUUGAUGAGUAAGAGAACUUGUAUGUCCUUAUAUUUUAUCAAAGAUUUUAUUGUUGUUUCUGUUUGUGAUUUUUUCUGAUUUCUGAUCUCAUCAUGCCAAUGCUACUGCUCUGGAUGUUUACACCUGGUUCCCAACCCCAGGCUCCAUAUCUGUGUUGUAUCUAAUACACAUAUAUAUGUACCCUGUGGUUUGUACCAAGUCACUGUGUGCUAUUUAUCUCACUUUAUGGUUCUCAUCUUAUGGAUUUAAUUGAAGUCAAGCACUUGAAAAAAUCUAUUGGCUAAAAUGAACAGAGAAAAUUUCUCUCGGUUUUAAGUGUUGUUAAAAUAAUGUCACUGGCUGAAGGUUUUAGAGAAAAAUUGUCACUCCAUUGUUGGUGUUCCUGUAUGAUUAUGGAGGCUUUUCGAUAAACAUUAUCUACAAGCAGAAGUGUUAUCUUAUCUUAAACAUUAUCAGCUAAAAGUUUAUCUGCUUUCAAUUACUUUUCCAGAUAAGGUUAAGUUCCAUUAGAAAUCUUAUUGUAUUUUUUAAGUCUUUAAAUAUACUUGUUUAUUCGCUCAAGUUUUGUAGAAGUUUUUUAUUCAUUGGCAUUUUUUUGCUUUGCUAUGACAUUUUGUGUGACAAUGAAACUGUUAAAAGUUGAACAUUCAUUCUGAUAGACUCAAAACUAGAACUUUUAAAAGCAAACUAAGUUACUGGCUUUAAAAAAAAAGCUCCAGUUAUGAUACCACUUUCUUGGUAAGAGUGCAUCAUGAUAAACUUUUGAUUACUUUUAAGAUCUAUAAAAUUUAAAUUUUACAUGUGUAAGAUAUCUGGAGCUGUUUGGAAAAAGUGUUUUUGAAUUAAUAAGAUAAGUUAGCAGUGAAGUGUAGUACCAGAUUGUUCUCUGUUUUAAUGGCAUGAUUAUGUGUAUGAAUGCCAUCCUUUUGAAUUAGUAUGAAUUGUUUGCUAACUAUAUCUAUUUUGUGUUAUUUCUGUAUCUUGACAUAUUUAUUUUAACCUUUGUUUAUUUUGUAUUCACUUACUCACAAACGUUCUAUUCUUGUUAACCUCGGACAGAUGUAUUGGAUACAGACAGUCUAAAUGUACAGUAACUUAGUUUAAACCUUUAAAGGGAACUUUUGGUUUGAACUUUUGUAUUUGUUGCAAUAAAACUGUUCUAUGUACAUAUCAUUCUUGUUAAACAUGACCUAAUAUAAUGCAUUUAUCUUUGAUUUCUGUGUAAAUGAUCUUGAUGUGUAGAAGUGGGAGCUGGUUAUCCAUAUGUACGGUGUAAGUACAGGAACUGCUACUGUAAGAGCUAGCUGAUUUAUGGAAUGUAUACAUUUCAAUGAAAACUUGUCGUUGUUGAACAAACUCUGAUGAAAUACCAUAUACAUAUUUGCCCGAGAGACUUGAGCUAUUUAUAGACUAUUUUGUAUUAUUUUGAUUGUAAUCAUGAACAUUGUAUAAUUACUUGGUAUAAUACCAGAUAUGUUGUUAUCCAGUUUUCCAGAAAGGUCACUGAUUCUAGUAAUGGUUCUUAGGCAUGUAAUACUGAUAAUUACACAGGCUGUGGGUUUUGUUUUAUAAAAUACCACUCAAUCAAUGUAUUGCUUAAAUAUUGAAAUAAUUUGCACUGUCAAAGUGAAGAUAUUAACUAAAAUAAGAAGAAAUCUUCAGUUAUAAAACUAAGUUUCUGUAUAUAAAGACCCCUGAUAAAAGCUUUAUUUGGAACUAGCCUUUUCUGUUAUAGUAUCAAUUCACACUUCUACAGACAGGUGCCCUUGUACAUUUUACCAAUAAUUAAUGCAUGUUACAGGUCAUGUACUGUUCAGGGUCCAUCCACUACUGAGAUGGGUCACUUUAAGGUCAUUGGUAGCUAUGUUUAUACAGUAAAUUAGUGCAAGUACACAGUACUAUAUCAGAAUAGUUUGUGUUGGAGGAAGAAAUCCAUUUAUGUUAAGCUGUUUCUGUCUGCAUUUUAUUUUUUACGUUCAACUCCAUGUGUGUCAGGUAAUUGUGUUUUAAUGGGGUUCUUAGAAUACAUAAAAAGUACUGCUAAAACAUUUGGGUUGGAUGCAUUGCCAAGAGUAAUGAAACUUGCAGUGAAAGAAACUUGCUUUUUUACUCCAUACAAUAAAAUACAAAUUGAGGUUCAGUGUUGGUACAUGUACAGAGGAAUCCGCUUAAUUGCAUAUCGGUUAAUUGCAUAAUCUGCUUACAUUAUGUAUGUGCAUAAAAUUCUCAGGUCCCGAUUUGUAUAGGUUAAUGUACGACACCUGUUGUACAACAAGAUCUGUUCUUGGUUGUUGAAUGUCAACCUGUUACACAUAGCUGGAACCAUUAUUUUUUGUCCAGUUCAGACAAAAACCUGACUUCAACAGAAACUGGUUUUAACAGAGUAGUGAAUCAUUGUAUUAUUUUUAUUUCCCCGAUUAGGUUUAGGUUUGGAAUUUUGGCAAGUUUUGAAAGAGGUACAAAAGUCCUUUUAUAUUAAAAAGUGAUACUAUUCAAUACAUCUAGUGGGCACUAAUUAUGAAAUAAUGAUACAUCGUUAAUUACUAUCUAGCAUUACCCAUUAACCAUAAUGUUACCUUAGACAUAACUAGCCUAUGCUUUCGUGUAAUAUACAUGUUGUAAGACAUGUAUACCAGUGAUGUAUUGUACUGUAAUGAUGUCAUAGAUAAUUGAAGUCAAACCUUUGUCUCAGCAGUGUGAGGAGUCUUGUCCUAGUUGAAGUUUUAUAAGGGAAAUUAUAAGGAUUUUAAACAGAACAUCACUUUUGUAAUAUGAAAUUUAUUAACUUGUUACAUGAUUUGAAAUGCAACUUGCCUAAAUUGUUCAGUAAAUAUCAUAUUACAUAAACACUCUUGUGAAACCCUCUCUCAUAUACCGGGUAACCCUUUUUUCGUUGCCUAUUUAAUAUGUAAUUUGUGAUAUGGCAGGUUUUGUAUGUUACCUACCAGAGUUGGGGGCUGUAGAUUUUCAUUAUUUCAAUUUUGACAUUACAACUUCGAGACAUAAGAAACAUUAAAUUGCAUUGUGAUUACCUAUAGAGAAAUGCUUUGUAUCUUUUCUAUAUAUCAAAUUUCAAAUUUGUUUUCACAAAUAUUUGCAAUAAAUAUUGCUGAUGUGAGAAGCAGAUAUUUGUUCCUAUUUCGUAUUAAAUUGAUGAAACAUUCACGAAAUUUUGCAAGACUAAUGGAGAGACUGAAAUUUUCCUAUUUCAUAAAUUUCAUAGAAAGUGGAAACUUGUGUAAGAAGCACUAAAUAUUUUACAGUUAGUUAAAAACCUAUCUUACCUAUACUUUUGAAAGAAAAUUGCUCGGAAUGAAAGUUGACCAAGUAUCAGAAUAUGAUAUAAUACAUGUAGAUGAAACUUUUCAUCCUAGUUAACAUUUUAAAAGAUUAUAAAGCAUUAACAAUGUCUUCCCAUAAUGAUAAAAGUACCAUGUACAUCAGAAUUGCAGAAUAGGCUGGUGAUGUGAAAUAUCAGCAUGUGUUGAUGCUAUGAAAAUUGGUGGUCCUUUUUGUAACCUAUAUAUUGAGUGAUGGUAACUUUAGCUGGUUUGUACUGGGUAAUGACAGAAUCCACACUGCUGAAAUGAUGUUGCAUCAUUAGAUACCAUUCAAACUUCCUAAUUUAAUGAUAUAUAAUGAAGCAUAAUGUAUUUUAUACUAUUUGUAAUUGAUACCAAGGACCUAAUUGUAAAUGUAGUAGAUACUUCAGUUGUGAGUGAAAAAAAAUCUACAUGAUAUGUAAAUACUUAUCUAAAUAUGUGUACAUAAAUUCUCUUUUUGAAGUGAUUUAUUUAUUGGAAAGUCUUAACUAUUUGAUAGUUGUUAAUGGUGUAAGGCUUAAAAAAUAGAUUUUGUGAUCGUGAAACAUAAACUCUAUGUUAAUGUGCACAAUACAAUCCUUUUCUCUAAUGUACUCUCUCAUUUUCCACUCGUUAGUUCUUGUCACCACAUGUACUUACCGUACCAUUCAAGGAAGAGAAGAAAUCUCCACGGUAUUUUUCACGUCAUUGUGGAAUAUGAUAGUCCCGCAUUAAGCACAUCAGAAGGCAGUUGAUAAACAUUUUGAAAUCACAUAUUAUCAUUAUUAAAUCAUUGCUAUGGAGUGUGGUUUUACUAACUUAAAGCCAUAUUUUAAACAUAUGCUUUGUUAUGUCAUUUGUAUGUAUGACAGCUUGUUUGAAAUUUGGGGGAAUAAAGUAAAAAUGGUGAAGGAAUUAUUAACAUUUGGUUUUGACAGACUAAAUCUUUUUAAAGUAAGUAUAAGUUGUUUUGAUAUGAAAUCUUGAUAUUUUUUCAGCUUAAUACUUUGGUAGUUAUUUGAAAUGUAAAUGUGUUUUAUAUCCAGCAUUUGAAAGUUAAAACAAUUCUUUGGGUAAGUAUUGUACUAAAUGCAGGUGUCACUUGUGGAAUUUACUGGCUUUAGGGUGAGUUGAAAAUAUGCAAUAAAACAUGUAACUUAAUGUG